AAAUCCACACAAAGUGCGUUGCAAUGAGUAUCUCUACGUUUUCGAUGGAUACCAGUAAGCUCCAGUCUCGUUUCUCACUCGGCAGACAAUCCUCACUCGCACCUGAUCGCCAAGAUUCCGCCGCCACCGUCAACGACUCCGUAACGGAGCCAAUUGAUCCUCCGGUUCGGUUGAUGUAUUUAACAAACGAAGGAGACUUAGAAGGAAUCAACGAACUUUUAGACGGUGGCAGUGACGUCAAUUUCAGAGAUAUUGACGGCCGCACCGCUCUCCAUAUCGCCGCAUGUCAAGGACGCACCGAUGUUGUUCAAUUGUUGCUCCGAAGAGGUGCUGAAGUUGAUCCUCAAGAUCGUUGGUGUAGCACUCCUCUUGCUGAUGCAUUGUAUUACAAGAAUCAUGAUGUUGUUAAACUUUUGGAGCAACAUGGUGCUAAACCUCCUGUGGCUCCUAUGCAUGUCCAGAAUGCCCGGGAAGUCCCAGAAUAUGAGAUUGAUCCUUCUGAACUCGAUUUUACAAAUAGUGUUUGCAUAACAAAGGGAACUUUCCGGAAAGCAUUAUGGCGUGGAAUUCAAGUGGCCGUUAAAACUCUUGGGGAGGAAGUGUUCACCGAUGACAAUAAAGUAAAGGCAUUUCACGACGAGCUUACAUUACUUCAGAAAGUAAGGCAUCCAAAUGUUGUCCAAUUUUUGGGUGCCGUUACACAAAGCACUCCGAUGAUGAUUGUCACAGAAUAUCUACCCGAGGGGGAUCUUCGUGACUAUUUGAAGCGGAAAGGUGCAUUAAAACCAAUAACAGCUGUGAAGUUUGCACUUGAUAUUGCUAGGGGGAUGAAUUAUUUGCAUGAACAUAAACCUGAAGCCAUUAUACACCGAGAUCUUGAGCCUUCAAAUAUUCUCCGGGAUGAUUCUGGACAUCUGAAAGUUGCAGACUUUGGAGUUAGCAAGUCACUCAAAAUCACUAAAACAGUCAAAGAAGACAAACCUGUGACAUGCGAGGAUACAUCAUGGCGGUAUGUUGCACCAGAGGUCUACAGAAAUGAAGAAUAUGACACCAAAGCGGAUGUCUUUUCCUUUUCUCUGAUAUUACAAGAGAUGAUUGAAGGUUGUCCUCCAUUUUAUAGAAAGCCAGAAAAAGAAGUUCCUAAAGCAUAUGUGGAAAAUGAGCGUCCACCAUUCAGGGCUGCACCAAAGCUUUAUGCUUAUGGAUUAAAAGCCUUAAUUGAGGAAUGUUGGGAUGGAGAACCAUACCGAAGACCAACAUUUAGCGAAAUAAUUGAGAGGUUGGAUAAGAUAAACCACCAAUUUGCUCAAAAGAAGCGCUGGAAGGCUCUGGCUCCUUCAUGCAUCUGGAAUCUGGAGGCCUUGUUUAAGGGGUAUCCUACAAGUCCUGGUAGUCGAUCAUCUCGCUCUACGGUUAGAUAAACAAUUGCCCAUACAAAGCAACAAGAACACAAUUUUGUAGUUUCAAGAAGGAAAAGAUAUACACCAGAUAGUGGUUUCCAUAUACAUCCAUUUGUGAUACAUGUGUAGUGUUUUUUGAAUAAUAACUUCCAAACGUGUUUGGAAAACUUUUUUAAUUAGGAAGUAAGUUUUUUUUUUGGACUAUAAAUUAGGAAUUAAGCUUAUGAAAAAGCACUAAAUUGUUUUUUAGUUGUUAAUCUGAUUAAUUCAAGAUAGUUAUACAUGAAUGAAUAUUGAUUUUUGUUAGUGUCUAAUUAGUUCAACUGUUAAUUUAUAAACA